CUGCUGCCCGAGGUGCGGGAGGCGGGCUUUCAGGCGGCGGUGCGCGCUCCGCGGUGGCACCAGUCCGCUCGCGAGCCUCUCCAGGACCGCCCCUCGCCCGGCCCGCCUCCGAGUCACCGCGAUGGCUGCCUUCCUCCUGUUCCGGCAAGGACGAGCCAGGGCGCUGAAGACUAUGCUCCUCGAAGGACAAGUGUUUCCAGGACUUGGUCCUGCAGCUUCUCUCUCCGCAGAAUCCGGAAAGAGCGACAAAGGACUGCCACCGAAUUCCAAGAAGCAAAGCGCACCAAAAAAGCCCGUGCAGGCCGCCCCUGCCGCCGAGCCGUUCGACAACACCACCUACAAGAACCUGCAGCACCACGACUACACGCCGUACACCUUCCUGGACCUGAACCUGGACCUCUCGAGAUUCAGGAUGCCCCAGCCCUCCUCCGGACGGGAGUCGCCUCGCCACUGAGAGCUCGGUUUGGUGAUCGCGCUUACGUUGUCUGCUGCGUCCCGGGCCUCGAAAUAAAGUGCGCUCGAGUCCCCA